ACAUGGAGAGCGGAUCUUGGUGUACAGCCGGUGAAAAUCAUGGAAUUAAGAAAACGGAAAGACAGGUCGUUGAAGUCUAGCCGGAGGUCGGUAAUACAUGAGUUCUGACACUGCAAACAGAGAGAAAUCAUUGUGCGUUCAAUCAUUACGUCGUCUGAGCCAAUCAGCACUACUCGAUCACUGCUGUACAGCUCAGAUCAAAUUGAAGUGCUACAAUGACGAUCUAGACAUUUGGAACCAGCCAUUAAAUAGAAUGUCAAGGAUGUGCAACUCGCAGUGGAGCUGAGAAGAUUAAGCUCUGAUCUCUGUUUCCUGCGGCCUCACUCCGAAGCAAGAAUUACGACUUCGCGCUCUCCAUGAAGAAACAGAAAAUGAAGAACUCCAACUAAAACAUUAUAUAGCCACAUUCAAAACGCUGCGUCGUUUCGUUCGAUUUCAUCCAGUUCCUCGAAAUGUACGUAUCCUCGAGGGCACUAUCCAUAAGAAACACGUCCUUCUCCUGCUGUGCUCGUCGGCGACCGCCAGCGCCGUCCACUCCAACAAAGAGAUGAAUGCAAGGCGGACUACUCCACAUCCUAUAGCCACGGUACAAGUAGUUAGCCCCUGCACUGAAUUCAGAUGAGGCAAUAACAUGUCACCCACAGGCGCUAAGAGUGUCAGAUGGAUCACAUUGAUGAGUCCGCAGAUGUAAUCGAACUAACAUUUUCAUCUGAUCCUGAUCGAGAUGAGCCCGUUUAGAGCCGCCGCGUAGGAGUAAGGUGGUAAUCGGAGAUUUUGAGCUUCUUGAGGGGCAUGCACGAACUCAAUCGCUGGCUCCUCCUCCUCCUCUUCCUCGUACCAAUCGGUGCCCCGACGACUUAAAUUAAGAAUUCACAAUGACGAGUCUAGCAGGGCCGACAGCUCUGCAGCGGAUGCUGAACGAAGAUUGGGGAUUAAGACCGGACCACGUGCAUCAUGCGAAUUGCCCGAUCAUUUACCAACAACCUUCAUUGUUCGAUUUCUGGGCGAAUCCGGAAAACACCGAAUUUAUGCAUGCUGCGGGAUUGUACUCUUUGCUGAAGUUUGAUCACCCGCAAGAGAACGACUCAUUUCUCGAAUCUCUCCUCUACGAAUAUACGAUCGCUGACGAUGGCUCGGAGAUCCUUUGUUCCCCAUGUCUUCUCUCGCGGGACCAUAGAUUCCGCGAUUACAGUUCUGACAAUUAUGCUCCGAUCUUAUUCUACGAUGUGACGGACCUGCAGCGCCUGUUCCCGGGUCUGCCGUCGAGGGAGACCCAUGGAAAUGUCAUAGAACGAGCACCCGAGCACACAGAUAACGCUUGGCUGUGCACCACCAUGAAACGCUAUUUCGCCGUCCCCAUCCUCUGGUUCUCUCCACGAGGCGCAGAAUUCAUCGUGAUCGAAUCGUGUUUUAACCUCGAAUUUUUCCUGUUCCUCUCAAAGCUGGCCUACACCUUCGGGUGGCCAGGAUACCCCGACAAAUUCCCUCUUAGGCACUUCCCCAUGGCAGUGGAGGCGUUCGAGAGAGGCGCUGUCUUUCCAUGGGCAGAUCUUCUCCUCGCAGAGCUGAUGAACGACCUCACCAAGUACCAAAAUCGCCUCAGAGAGUGCCCGCGUUUGAUUCGCGUUUGGACGAUGAUCUAUGACGACGCUGUCUUUGGCUGUCCCCGUCCCUCGAACCCUCACCCCUUACUCUAUUUCUUCAUGCCCGGCAUCAUCGAUGCCAGGGACAAUGGGCAGGGAUUCGGUCAAUUUCACUACCACGCUGAAGACAUUUCCCCCUUCACGCCUCGCGAUCUCCUCCCCAUGCUCAACGAGGGAGCCUGCCGGGGCCCUCCGAAUUGCCCCGACGAUUUAGAAUCCCCGACUGAUUACAGUUCUGAAGAUGAGUUAUUCGAGCAGUAGCUCUUGCCGCUCGCUAGUCGUGCUGCUGCUAGAAUCAUACGAGAGAAUCGCUCGGAGAUCGAUUCUCUCGACCGCACCUUGGGCUGCGAAUUCCUCUGCUGCAAACCGAUCUUCAGCCCACAUAUUAUCACCAUGGGUCGAUAGAUAUCCUGAUUAUCCAUCGAGGUCUAACUAUGAAAUUUCACCAUCGCCGUCCUUCUUCGAUUGCUGGAUAAUCGCUUGUAUUAUAUAUAUGACGAGGGGUUGCAGUCUAUGGCAGUCGAGGUUGAGGGCAGACCGUGAGGUAAAGUGGGUCGAAGGAAAUUCGAGGGUUGGGCACAAUUUCCAUUUUCUUGAGCUCCAGAGGGGAACUCUUGAGAUCAGUAUGUUUCGAUAAUUUUCUGAAUGCUUCGAGAAAUUGAAUUAAUAUCCGUACGGCACGUUCGGAGCUUUUAUGGAAUUGUUUCAAGAUUGAGACAUUUCCCGGUGUACUGUAAUGAAAGGAGAAAAUUCUUGUUUGAAAUUGUUAGACUCGGGUAUUGAAAAGUUUCGAACAUCCGCGUUUUCAGAUAUUUAACUUUUGAUAUUUGUUGGAAACUUAUUCGCUUCAAAUUUACAAUUGAUUUAUAAACGAA